AUGGCCUCCAAAAUCGGCGAAAUCAAUACGGCCCUAGCGUUCUUGGACUACGCAUUCCAGGAAUUCCAGACCAUUCUGGACCAGAUUGUAGCAAUCGAAAACGCCUCGAACGAAGCUGACGAAUCAGCAAACUUGUCAACGGACUUGUCAGCUUCAUUCAAGGCGUUUUCGAUUGCUACGAUCUGGUCCAGGAUGAGCAUCAGAAUUGGAUUCUUUAAAAGUAGCAAAACCGUGGAUGUACCCAAUUAUAUUAUAUUUUUAUUUUCACAAUAUCUGAAACUGAAAGGAGAUUUCAAUGUAAUUAAUACCUUACAAAAAUUACCGUUAAAAGAUCAAGUUUAUCAUGAAAUUUACGACAUAUUAGGUGACGACGAUGAAACAAUUAAUAAUAUGGUUCUGCCAAAAGGAACCACGUGUUACUUAUGUCCAUUAGCCACUCAUCGUGAUUCGGUAUCGUAUCCAUAUUCUAAUAGUUUUGAUCCGGAAAACUUCGAUAUUGAAAAUAUUGCAAAACGGCAUAAAAAAAGUUUUAUCGGUUUUAGCGGUAACCCAAGAGGUUGUAUUGGAUCUAAGUAUACUAUGCUGUCAAUGAAAGUUCUGCUAUCUACAUUCUUGCGAAACUUCAGUAUCCAUACGGAUUAUACAUUUAACGACAUCAAAUUGAAAUUAGAUUUGUUAUUGAGAAGUGCUAAUGGUUAUCCUGUAACUAUUCGAAGAAGAAAUAGGAGACCAAUAAAUAAAUUAAAUGACUAA